AUGUCUCUUCCAGGGUCACAACAUAUUGUUGGUACUGAUGGUAGUGAUUAUCAACAUCGCGAGUGUAUUGCUCCACAUUAUCGUGCUAGUAUAGAAAGCAAAUCUCGUUUUCGCAUAUUAAUCUAUUCUCAUUUUCUACUUGGUGUUCUUGUUUUUGUUCAUAUUCUUACAUAUCAUACGUCGUUGAUGUCAACACUAAAUGUACCACGUCCACAUCUAUGGCAAUAUAUUUGGCUGAAUAGUGUUUUCGCAUCCAUAUGUGGUCUUUUAUCGAUAAAUAAAAAUCGUAUUUUUUUAAUGAAAAUAUUUUUUCGUGGCACAGCAAUAUUUGGCUUAGGUACAAUUAUUACAACAAUAAUAAUUAAUUUAAGUGAAUUGUUCACAUUUAAAAAAUUAAAAACUAAUCAUCAAUUAGAUGAACUUGAACCACAAACAUUUCUUGGUUUCCCAUUAUUAGUACUUUGGUAUAUAUUUUUAAUAAUUACUAUUCAAAUUCAUGCAUUUAGUUUAUAUAUGGCAAAUAUUUUAUUGUCGAGUUGGGAGCAAAAUCAAAGUGCAAAGCAUCACUAG